UGUGUGCGUUGUAUCCAACAUGGGACACAUGAUCCAGCCGUGCAUUGUGGCUGGCAGAGGCAAGGAUCGGCCAGGUAGACGCUACAAAACCCUCUGAGGAGCGGCUAAGACGUUCUUUUAACCGAUUUUUCAAUCCGUUGGGUUUUCAAGAGUCUUACUAAACUCUCCACUCUGUCGCCAAGGUCUUAGCUAGUCUUGAAUUCAGCACAGGUGCCAUGGAAUUUGGACCUUGAAGACACGGAAGCAGUCCCUCACAAGACAUAAUGAAUCCCAUGAAGGGUUUCUUAAAGACUCCGAAUGGAGUCUUCGCCCUCACCAAGGAGCCCAUGACUGUGGGGAAAGGACAAGGAUGUGAGAUCACCCUGAAGAAUCCCCAUGUGGAGGAUCACCAUGCGGUAAUCCAGCUGAACGAGCGUGACCACUGCUUUGUGCUGCAGGACCUGAACUCACAGCGCGGCACUUACGUGAACGACUGCCGUGUACCGACCGGAGCAGUACGACUAGCACCCGGGGAUGUCAUUAAAUUUGCAGGGGAAGGAGAAGGAUACGAACUAGAGGUGUACUACCCACCAGUGUACCAGCGUCCUGCCUCCAACCUGCCCAUUGCAAUCUCCACAUCCGCCACUUCGUCCCAACCCUGGGCAGUCAAGACCCAACCCAAGCCCUCAGCACCGCGCAUUCUCAGCAGGCGGCCUGGACACAGCUCCCCUCCCCACGAUAGAAACUCCUCUCCCAAACCGCCGCAGCAGGCAGCAGCCUUCGGGAGAAGACCGGCGCCACCUGGCCCUGGCACGGACGCCCUACCCCCGGGGAUGCAGUUUACCACGGUGGAACCUCUGGGAGCGGGGAGAACCAUGUCAGAGACGCUCAGUGUCAGCAGACAGAGCCUGCCCAGCCAGUCCAUGCUGCCCAACCUGGGAGGCCCCGUCGUACACUCUACUCCAUAUAGAACAGACUUGAACCAAUCAUGGCCCAGUAACAGGAGCAACACGCCCAACCAGCCUUACGUAGUGGGGAACCAAGGCAGCAGUCGGAUGGAGAGAUACAGACCACAGUCGCCGGACAGAACCAUGUUACAUCCAGGUCCCCAGGCCUGGGCACGGCCACAGAGUUCCACCACACAGUCAUCAGGCAUCGGCAGUGGUUCCCACAGUCCUAGUGUCAGUCCACCAACACACAAACCUACCACAGCGCCGGCUGAAUGGAUGACAAAUGGUGCUAUCAGACCCGGAGGACCCUCCGUCUCACCACGCAAUGGCAGCCUCAGUAGCAACGAGAGUCUGAAUUCCUCACCAAACAGUUCUCCUAGAGACGACACCACGUCACACAGAGACUUGGCAGCCAAGAGAAUAGGUCAGGCUGGCUCUGAGAACAGUGGCCUGGUUAGGGACAGGGCUCAGGACGCCAUGCAGAAAAAGUUUACACCUCCCAGGGUUAAAACUGCCGUGGGGGGCAGGAAAGUAGGCAUCACUGACAGGAGAAGAUACAGUCAGGACAUCCUCGGUUCAGGGGAUACCGGUGUCUCUUUCCUCGGUGAACUCACAGAAGAAAUGAACGGACAUGUGUCAGUAAGUCAGGAUGCCUUGAAUUUCACUGGAAGAGACGUUGAUCAACAAAACGGCCUUGACUCAACAAGAAAUGGCCACGUUCCUUUCGAGGAUGGUUUUGAAGCGUCUCCAGCCAGCCCAAGGUUUGGCCAGUCAUCUGUGGAAGUCAGCAGCAAAGCCAUGGGAGAAGAGGAAGACGGGGGUUUGACUUUAAAUGGGUCUGUGACUCACGGGUCUCUGGACACUGGUAGAAGGUUAUUCAAUGGAGAAGUGUUGAAGGCAAGGACACUAGAAGAGAAGGACCAGUACAUAGCUGAGCUAGAAGAGAACAUGUCCAGAAUGCAGUUACUAGAGGAGGACUCGCGAGACAAGGACAACACUAUUCUGUCACUGACAGAGGAGAUCGCACAGUUAGAAGGAGCGCUGUUACAGGCACAGGGCAGCGGAGACAGCGAAUCCUUCAUCGCAGAGAGGCUGUUCAUCCUGGAGAGUGAGGUGGCUCGCAAGAACAACGAACUCGCCAGGCUUAGACAUCAGCUUGGCUCCAUGCAGGCAGACUCCUCCGUGUACCAUGACAGUUAUGAAGCCAUGAGGUCAGAGUUAGUCGAGCGCAACCAGGAGGUCUCCACACUACGGGCUGACCUGGAAAGGACCAGCAAGAACUACAACAUGUCAGCAGGCACAGUCAUGUCCCUACGGAGGGAGGUGACCAGGAAAGAUGAACAGAUCGCCAAACUGAAGAAAGAGAUGGACAAGGUGAAGAAAGAACUGCGGGAGAGGGAGGCAGAGGUGGAACUCAUGUCCACCAAGUUCUCCAGACUGAGGGAAGACAAGAAAAAGUCUUCGGCUGACGACAGCUUCUCCUUGGAGAAGGAGAUCAUCAACCUGAAGAACACGUUGAAAACUGUUGAGGAGAAGGCAGCUGAACAAGAGCGCCAGUUGAAGAAGUACAGGGUGGACAUGGUGAGACUGAGGAUGCAGAGAGCAGCUGACAAAGAGGUCCACACCAGACUGCAGUCAGAGCUGAAUGAGAACAAGUCGCUGGCCCUGUCCAGCCAGCACACAGAGCAGCAGCUGAGGGUGGAGCUGGAGUCCACCUCCUCUCGUGUGGAGAGGCUCCGCAGUAAGAUCAUCCAGGCCGUGUACGGGGCUCCAGCUAAGGCCAACAAGAAGAAGCCAUCCUCUCUCCUGUCUGACAACGAUGUCCUGACCAACCUCCAGCGGCUGAUGGACGAGCGUGUGGCCUGUCAGGACAUCCUGAAGCGUGUAAAGGAGAAGGGAAAACUGGACGAAGCCACAAAGAAAGAGAUGACACUGAUGCUUAAAGAUCAGCUGGGGCCUCCCACUUCUGCCAAAGGGAACAAAGGGAAAUGAGAUACUAGUAUAUCUAUUAGUAAAAGUCUUUAUUUGCUUGUACAUGUAUGUAGAAAGCUUAGAAAUAAUUGAAGCCUUUAUUUGUUGAGAGACCUUGGAAUGUUUUACUAUGCAGGAGCUUUGAACAAAGUCAAUAGACAAAGAAGAAGAAGCCAUUCAGAGUUUUAAUGUAUGAGAUUCCUGCAUCUUGCUAACUGUUGGUUUCAAGAUAUGCCAUGUAGUGCUGUAUGAUCUUUGCUGUGGUAUCAAAGCGAUGAAUUCAGACUUUCCAUACAUUGGAAAUUAUUCUGUACUUUUGUAACUGUCACAAAAUUUGUGACUGGAGAGCCACAAUUGAAGAAGACUUGUUGUUCCACAUAUUGUUCCCUGUUGAUAUUCUGUCCAUAUUUUUAUUGAAGCACUUGAUUGGAUGUGUAGACUCUGAUUCAAGUCUAUUGGUAUGCAAAAGAAUAUAACUUUGCCAUAAACUGACUGAUAUUAAUCAAGUUGUCCCAAAUUAUGAUGCUGUGUGUUGUUGAUAUAGGGAACAUGACAUUGUAUUUACCCAUUGUUAUAUGUUUGUAAGUCUUAUGUUGUAAAAUAUUUUAUUCAAGUAAAUAAUGUAACCACAGAAAUGUCUAUGACUUGAGCAGAUAAUGCUCAGAGAUUUGAGUGAAUGAGAUUUUAUCAAAUAACCAGUUGAAUUGAAGUGCAAUAAAACACUGGACGGCAGUUACAUGUAAAUAUACAUUUGGAAGUACCUUUGAGUUGUACACUAAUGUUGAACAUUAGAUCCAUUCUUGCAUAAUUCUAUGUUGGGAUAUUUUUUGUACCUUCUACAUUUAUGAGACUUGCAUGACUUGCAUGACAUGGCUGAAAAUAUCAGUUCUUGAAACUUUUAUUCAAUAAAAACAUAUCAUUUCAAUA